GAGUGCUUCUAAGGACAUGAACAAGAUGGACAUAUUGCUUCUGCUCGUGCUUUUGCUGUAUGGAGAGCAGCAGCUUCUCACCAGCGCCCAAUCCAGUGAACGGCGCAUUCUGGCCCGUGUCCCUGGCGACCUCAUCAUCGGAGCACUCUUCUCCGUGCACCACCAGCCACCAGCAGACAAGGUGCACGAGCGCAAGUGCGGGGCUGUGCGGGAGCAGUACGGCAUCCAGCGUGUGGAGGCCAUGCUGCACACGCUGGACCGCAUCAACAGAGACUCCCAAAUCCUGCCCGGCGUGGUACUGGGUUGUGAAAUCCGAGACUCCUGCUGGCACUCGGCCGUAGCGCUUGAGCAGAGCAUUGAAUUCAUCCGCGACUCGCUCGUCGCGGCCCAAGAGGAGGAAGGGGGUGCUACUGCUACACGUUGCUCCACAGAUGGGGCCAAGAAGCCCAUCGUGGGCCUGAUCGGACCUGGUUCUAGCUCAGUGGCCAUCCAGGUGCAGAACCUGCUGCAGCUCUUCAACAUCCCGCAGAUUGCCUACUCUGCCACCAGCAUGGACCUCAGCGACAAGUCCCUGUACAAGUACUUCAUGAGGGUUGUGCCAUCAGAUGCCCAGCAGGCUCGCGCCAUGGUUGACAUCGUCAAGAGGUACAACUGGACCUACGUCUCUGCCAUCCACACUGAGGGCAACUACGGGGAAAGCGGCAUGGAGGCGUUCAAGGACAUGGCUGCCAAGGAGGGCAUCUGCAUCGCCCAUUCGGACAAGAUCUACAGCAACGCGGGUGAACGCAGCUUUGACCGGCUCCUGGACAAGCUAUGGGGUCACCUGCCAAAGGCGCGCGUCGUUGCCUGCUUUUGCGAGGGGAUGACCGUGCGGGGAAUCCUCAUGGCCAUGCGCCGCCGCCAUCUAGGGGGCCAUUUCCUGUUGGUUGGGAGUGACGGCUGGGCGGACCGCUAUGACGUCACCGAUGGCUACCAGAAAGAAGCUGCUGGUGGAAUCACCAUCAAGCUGCAGUCAGCCUACGUGAAGUGGUUCGAUGACUACUACCUGGGGCUGCGACCCGAAAACAACCCGCGCAACCCCUGGUUCCCGGAGUUCUGGCAGCAUCGCUUUCAGUGCCGCCUGGUGGGCCACCAGCAGGAGAACAGCCAGUACAAUCGCACCUGCAGCGGUAAAGAGUCCCUGCGGCAGCAAUAUGCUCAGGACACCAAGAUGGGUUUUGUGAUCAACGCCAUCUACGCCAUGGCAUACGGCCUGCACAACAUGCAGCAGGCUCUGUGCCGUGGGGGCACCGGGCUUUGCCCUGCCAUGAGGCCUGUGGACGGGGGAGCGCUUCUUGACUUCCUCAUGGGGACCAACUUCACGGGCGUGUCCAGGGAGUUCGUGUGGUUCGAUGAGAAGGGCGACUCCCCGGGCAGGUAUGAGAUCAUGAACUUCAAGAAGACGGGCCCGGGGCCAAAUGAUUACAGCUAUAUCAGCGUGGGCAGCUGGGACAACCAGGGCCUGAAGAUGGACGACAACGAGGUGUGGUCCAACAGGAGCGCCGUGAUCCAAUCCGUGUGCAGCGAGCCGUGCCAGAAGGCCCAGAUCAAGGUUAUCCGCAAGGGCGAGGUGAGCUGCUGUUGGACCUGUACACCCUGCAAAGAGAAUGAGUUUGUGUUCGACGAGCAUACGUGCCAGGCCUGUGCGCUGGGCUCCUGGCCCACCGACGACCUCACAGGCUGCGAGCCCAUUCCCGUCGAGUACCUGCACUGGGAUGACCCCGAGCCCAUUGCCGCUGUGGUCUUCGCAUGCCUCGGCCUCCUGGCCACAGCCUUUGUCACCUUUGUCUUCGUCAAGUUUCGGGACACUCCCGUGGUGAAAUCCUCCAGCCGUGAGCUCUGUUACAUCAUCCUGGCUGGCAUCUUCCUGAGCUACCUGUGCACCUUCUUCUUGAUCGCCAAGCCCCAUGUAGUCCACUGCUACCUACAGAGGGUGCUGGUGGGCCUCUCUCCUGCCAUGAGCUACUCUGCCUUGGUGACCAAGACGAACCGUAUCGCUCGCAUCCUGGCCGGAAGCAAGAAGAAGAUCUGCACGAGGAAGCCGCGCUUCAUGAGCGCCUGCGCCCAGCUGGUCAUCGCCUCGCUGCUCAUCCUCCUCCAGCUGGCCAUCGUGGUGGCACUGUUUGUCACCGAGCCACCGGCCGUCGUGCACGACUACCCCAGCGUGCGCCAGGUGCGACUCGUGUGCAAUACCACCAACUUGGGAGUGGUGGCGCCGCUGGGCUACAAUGGCCUGCUCAUCCUCAGCUGCACCUUCUACGCCUUCAAGACACGGAAUGUGCCGGCCAACUUCAACGAGGCCAAGUACAUCGCCUUCACCAUGUACACCACGUGCAUCGUCUGGCUGGCCUUUGUGCCCAUCUACUUCGGCAGCGACUACAAGAUCGUGACCAUGUGCUUCUCGGUGAGCCUGAGUGCCACCGUGGCCCUGGGCUGCAUGUUCACCCCCAAGGUGUACAUCAUCCUGGCUAAACCGGAGCGCAACGUGCGCAGCGCCUUCACAACCUCCACCGUGGUGCGCAUGCAUGUGGGCGACGGCAAGGCGGCUUCCUCCUCCGGCAGCAGGGGCACCUUGUGGAAGCGCCGCAACUCCGGCCCUGAGACACUCAGCUCCAAUGGAAAGAGCGUGACCUGGGCUCAAAAUGAGCGAGGCUAUCGGCACAAUCUCUGGAAGCGCAUCUCCAUCCACAUCAAGAGGAAGGAGAGCAAUCAGACAGCUGUUAUCAAGCCCUUCCACAAGGGCGGCGAUGUUGCACGCGAGCCUGUGACCAAGGUGCUGUAUGGGGCGGCUCCGGAAGAACGUCCGUACCCAGUGAUGUACCGCACCCAGCUGCCCUCGACAGCAAGUGCUGUCAGCUCCAGAGAAACUUCUCUGGGUCGGGAUAAAGAGCCAGAGGAUGAGGAGGGAGUGGUAGCCCUACCCUCAUAUCUGCCAGGGAGCUCCACGUCCCGGAGCUCUGCCUCCCGGGCCUCCAUCAUGGAGCAAAUCAGCUCUGUGGUUGAUCGCUUCACAGCCAACAUCAGUGAGCUUAACAGCAUGAUGCUUCCUGGGUCACCCCCGGCAACAGCCUCCUUCCUGGCCUCCCGUGAGUUGCCACUGACGACUGGCAUGAGCACCUUUGCUGACGUGCAGCAUGAGCGUGGCGGUGCCCAGGAGGACUGCCAGAGAUCACACAAUGUGGCCUCCACCAGGAGGGGGCCAGAGCUGGAUGAACUGACAGCCCUCACCCCGCCCUCACCCUUCCGGGACCUGAUGGACUCAACCUGUGGGUCGCCCACAUCUCGCGCAUCAGCGUCAGCUCUUUACAUGCCCUCCUCCCCUACAUACGACCGCUUACUACUCAGGGAGUACGGUCAGAGCUCCUCUUCCUUGUGAGGCCGUGGUUAGAGGAAUGGAGGUGGGACCUUGGGACA